AUGGAGAGCAGCAGCCUGGGCCAUCUGGAGGAGCAUAUGCAGCCAAUGAAAAUAAAUGAUGCAGGAUUACCAGGGAACAUCCAGGCUCCGUGGCUGGAGGGGGAUGCGGAGCAGCAGGCAUUCCAGUUUGAAACAGAGGGAUUUUAUUCCCGCGGGCUCACUCCCAUGCCGGGGGCUACCGGCAGCUCAGCUGCUGACUGCACCGAAAUCCCCGUGACGAACAUUUCGACAUUCCCAGCAGCUUCCACAAGAUGGACCUCGGAGCGAGAGGAGGUGCCGGGUAAGGGGACCCGUCCCGUCCCAUCCCACCCUGUCCCGUCCCAUCCCAUCCCGUCCCCUGCUCCCGCCUUGCCAUCGGGAGGAGGCUCAGAGUCCAGCCAGGCGAGCCCCGGCAUGGCACGGCCUCCCGGGCUCUGCCUGCUGGCCCUGCUGGGGCUGGGGCUGGGGGCGGGGGGCUCGCCCGCCUGCUGGGACCCCCGGGGGCAGCCCCGCCGCUGCAUGCCCGUCUUCGAGAACGCCGCCUUCGGCCGGGCCGCCCGGGCCACCAACACGUGCGGGUCGCCCCCGGAGGACUAUUGCCUGCAGAUGGGCACCCGCCACGACAGCACCCUGUGCCAUCGCUGCGAUGCCGCCGACCCCCGGCUCCACCACAACGCCUCCUUCCUCACCGACUUCCACAGCCAGGAGGAGAGCACCUGGUGGCAGAGCCAGUCCAUGGCCUUCGGCAUCCAGCACCCCAACUCCGUCAACAUCACCCUCCACCUCGGCAAAGCCUACGAGAUCACCUACGUGCGGCUGAAGUUUCACACCAGCCGCCCCGAGAGCUUCGCCAUCUACAAGCGCAGCCACGCCGAGGGGCCCUGGGUGCCCUUCCAGUACUACAGCGCAUCCUGCGAGAAGACCUACGGGAAGCGGCCGCGGCAGUACCUGAGGCCAGGGGAGGAUGAGCAGGUGGCCUUCUGCACUGAUGAGUUCAGCGACAUCUCCCCGCUGAGCGGGGGCAACGUGGCCUUCUCCACCCUCGAGGGACGGCCCAGCGCCUACAACUUCGAUGGGAGCCCCGCGCUGCAGGAGUGGGUGACAGUCACUGACCUGCUUAUCUCCUUGAACCGGCUCAACACAUUUGGGGAUGACAUCUUCAAGGACCCCAAGGUGCUGCAGUCAUACUACUACGCUAUCUCUGACUUCUCAGUCGGUGGCAGGUGCAAAUGCAAUGGCCACGCCAGCGAGUGCGCGCCGGAUGAGGCCGGGCAGCUGGUCUGUGUGUGCCAGCACCACACGGCCGGCGUGGACUGCGAGCGCUGCCAGCCCUUCUACCAGGACCGGCCCUGGGCACGCGGCACCGCCGAGGCUGCCAACGAGUGUCUCCCUUGCAACUGCAGCGGCCGCUCCGAGGAGUGUUUCUACGACCGGGAGCUGUACCGGCGCAGCGGGCACGGCGGGCACUGCCGCCACUGCCGCGACAACACGGCCGGGCCCCACUGCGAGCGCUGCCGGCAGAACCACUACCGCUGGGAGCCACAGGCAGCCUGCCAGCCCUGCCACUGCCACCCCGCAGGCUCCCUGCAGCCCCAGUGUGACAACUCGGGGACCUGCCUCUGCAAAGCCAACGUGACGGGCUGGAAGUGUGAGCGCUGCAAGGACGGCUACCACAGCCUCAGUGAAGGUGGCUGCAGACCUUGCACCUGUGACCCAGCGGGCAGCGUUGGGACCUGCGACCAAAACACAGGGCACUGCACCUGCAAGGAGAGGGUGGAGGGGCACUUGUGCAACAGGUGCCAGCCAGGCUGGUUUAAUCUGCAGCCCCACAACCCCAUUGGUUGCACCAGCUGUUUCUGCUACGGCCACUCCACCGCUUGCACAGCAGCCGAUGGAUACGAGGAGACUCACAUCCGCUCCGACUUCAGCCACGGGCUGGAGGGCUGGGCUGCCACAGCUCCAGGCACCACAGACCUGCCCCUGCGCUGGGCUGGCGGGGAGAUCUUCACCGAGUGGGACGGAGAGGAGCCGGUGGAUUUUCGCGCACCAGAGAAGUUUCUGCGGAACCAGCGCCUCAGUUAUGGGCAGCUCCUGUCCCUGCUGUUGGGAGUGGAGAACAGGACAGGGACAGAGCUCGGGAUGCCUCUGCUCCAAGUCCAGCUGGUUCUGGAGGGUGAGGGGAUGAAGAUCACCAUGCCCAGCAGCAAGAGCCAGCCCCAGCAUGGAAAGCAAGCUGUCACCUUCAGGCUGCACGAGGCAGAGGAGGGUGCAGAGCCUCUGCUGUCAGCCUUCAACUUCCAGCGCCUGCUCUCCAACCUGACCACCCUCCGGCUCCGUGUGAGCCGUGGCCCCGUGCGAGGCAGGCUGUCCCUGAGCGAGGUCCAGCUCACAUCUGCCAGCCCUGGGCUGGGGACACGGGCGGGCUGGGUGGAGGAGUGCACGUGUCCCACGGGCUAUGCCGGGCAGUUCUGCCAGUCCUGCGCGCCCGGAUUCAAGCGGGAGAUCCCCUUCGGAGGCCCCUUCGUCAGCUGCGUGCCCUGCGCCUGCAACCAGCACGGGGACUGUCACCCCCUCACAGGGCACUGCCAGUGCUUGCACAACACAGAGGGUCCCUCCUGCGAGCGCUGCAGCCCCGGGUUCUAUGGCAACCCCUUCGUAGGGCGCUUUGAUGACUGCAAGCCGUGCCCCUGCCCAGGAGGUUCACCCUGCACCGAGGUGCCCAGCAGUGGGGAGGUGGUCUGCACCCACUGCCCCCCGGGGCAGAGAGGGAAACGCUGUGAGCUCUGUGAUGACGGGUUUUUCGGGGACCCCCUGGGGCAGAGGGGGCCUGUGCAUCCCUGUGAACCCUGCCAGUGUCAUGGGAACGUGGAUCUCAAUGCCGUGGGGAACUGUGACCCCGUGUCUGGCCGAUGCCUGCGCUGUGUGUACAACACGAUGGGCGAGCACUGCGAGAGGUGCCGGCCAGGCUUCUACGGGGACGCACUGGCUCCCAGCCCUGCCGGGAAGUGUGCACCUUGUGAUUGCAACCCCAGCGGCUCAGACCCGGGGCUGGAGGGCUGUGAUCCUGUCACGGGCCAGUGCCACUGCCUCCCACAUGUGACGGGCAGAGCCUGCGGGCAAUGCCAGCCUGGCUACUACGACCUGGAGCCCGCCGUGGGGUGCAAGAGCUGUGAGUGCCACCCAACAGGGUCGCGUGACAGCGAGUGCCACGCAGUGACGGGGCAGUGCUCCUGCCAGCCAGGUGUCACGGGGAGGCAAUGUGACCGCUGCCACCACGGCUUCUUUGGCUUCUCUGCCAGGGGCUGCCGAGCCUGCAACUGCUCCCCGCUGGGCUCCGUGACCCCGCAGUGCCACGAGAACAGCACCUGCCUCUGCCACCCCGGCUUUGUGGGCUACAAGUGCGACCGGUGCCAGGCCAACUUCUUCCUCAACCCUCUGAGCUCCCACUGCCAGCAGUGUCCUGCCUGCUAUGGGCUGGUGAAGGACAAGGCUGACCAGCUGAAGGCCAGGCUGCAGGAGAUGGAGGAAUGGCUGCAGAAACCAGGCUGUAAUGCCCACCCAGGCCAGUCUCUCAUGCUGGGGGAUGCACCUCGGGGAGAUGGGCUGCCCAGCCCACACCUCCUGCAAGGUGCCUGGGCCACCCUUUUGGCACAGCUGGGGCAGCUGGCAGGGGCUCUGAACAUCGCACGAGGCCGUCUCACCAACGCCACCCAGGCCACCAGCUGCUCUGGCCACGGAUCCGCCAAGACCUGCAUCCUGCUGUCAGAGAUCGGGGCCGUGCUGCAGUCAGCACAGCAGGAGAUCCUGAAUGCUGCAGACACCCUGGCUACCACGGAGAUUCCCCAGGAAAUCCCUCAGCAGCCCACAAACUGGAGCCACUGGGCACUGGAGGCACGGGCUCUGUCCCAGAGCCACGAGGGCGCUGUUGCAGAGGUGGAAGCAGUGGUCAGGAGAGCGCUGCGUGCCUCCAACGCCAGCUCCGAGCUCCUGCGGAGUCUGCUGGAAGGGAAUGCGACGCGGGACGCGCAGCGUGAGCUGGAGGCUGGGUACGAGGAGAUCCAACGGCCCCAGGAGGAGCUGGGUGUGGGCAUGGAAGAGGCCAGGAGAGCUUUGGCAGCCGUGCAACAGGCAAAUGCAGACAUGGCCAAGAAACUUCUGCAGGUGGCUGCUCUGGGGCAGCAGGUACUGCCAGUGCAAGCUGGAGCCCUGGCACAGGACCUGGCAGUGGUGGAGCAGGCAGCAGCAGCCCAGGAGCUGUUGGCUCAGCAGGCUGUCGAGACAUCCCGCACACUGGCAGCAGGAUUGCGUCUGGAGCUGCAGAGGACUCAUGGCUUUGAGCAGCUGCGGGACCGGGCUGGCUCUGCCCGUGACACGGCCACCUCAGCUGUCUCACAUGGAAAAGCUGUGCACUCUGAUGCCAAGUCCCUCCUGGCCAGCUUGGAAGGCAUGAGGAAGAUGCUGCGGCAUCGGAAGGGCCUGGCUGCCCUGAGGAGGAGGAUGGCCACUGUGCGGAACAGGGUUUUGGUGGAUGCCCAGAAGAAGAUUAAACAGGCAGAGAAAACACUGGGAAACUCCUUGUCCCUCUCCAUCAGAGCCCAGAGGACAGCUGGAGAGGCUGAGAAAGUCUCUGAGGAGAGUGCCAAGAGGGCACGGGCUGUGCUGCAGGAGAGCAAACAGGCCCACAAGCACGCCAGACAGCUUGCCAGGCGUGCCAACGAGACCCAGCGGGAGCUAUCCCGACAGGAGCACAUGGCUGAGAAGCUCAGGGGGGACCUGGAGGAAGCACACCAGGUGGGGACAGAGGUGAGUGAGAUGGCAAAAAGUCUCCAGGAAGCCCGGGACUCACUCAUGUCGGACAUCGAGACCCUGAACAACCUGCUGAGCAGCCUCGGCAACCUGGAGCAGGACAUGGAGGUGGAGGCGGUGCUGAGUGCCGGGCAAGUGCAGCUGGAGCGGCUGUGGCAGCGCCUGGCCACGCCGGGCUCCCUGGCUGGCCAGCUCAGCCGGCUGCAGCAGGAGGCAGCCCGGCAGCAGGAGAAGAUCCAAGCAUUCGAGAGUGACUUGGCUGAGAUCCGGGCCGACAAGCGGAACCUGGAGGAUAUUUUGCGGAGCCUCCCCGAGGGCUGCUCGAAGUGA